GCAGACAGGAUGGCUUGUGAGACACUGUACUCUGCAGGAAAGUUAUUUAUGGCAAAGUUAAGAUUAUGAUAAUUUUAUAAAUUGCAUUUAAUUUUUAACAUUUUGAUUAUCGAGUGUAUUCAUGAUUAAUUUAUCCACAGGACAAAUGAAUAAGUUUCAAAACCGUUUAAGUUAUGACGUUAAGUUCUUCAAACUCGAAGAGAUCGUCAGCAAAACAUAAGACUCGAUACGAGAGAAAAUGUAGAAGAAUGGACACAUUUUUCGCGACAUCAAAAUUAGAUUAUUCAGAAUCGAUAAAAGAUGUCUUGAGCAAUUUCUCAGUUCCUCAAUGCGAGGCUGAACCGUUUGCAAAGCGACCUCGCAGAGAACCGACCAUGAAGCCAAAAGCGAAACUGCGUUUAACAGAAACUGGGGUUAGUGCCUCUUUGGACGUGGCGCAAGGGGAAAGGGUACCACUUUUUCUGUCCGAUUUACAAGAUUUGUUGUUGUAUGCGCAGUUGGGGAGUCACUCUCCUUGCGUGCCUCGUUGGUGCCAGUUGGAUAAGUACAACCAGCUUGUGCACACUACUGUUUUAGUUGUAGAAAACGUUUCAUUGUACCAUUUUUCUUCGUACGAAAGUUUUUUUCCCUAUUUAAGUGCGAAGUUUUGCAACAAAUUAGAGUUUAUACCCUCGGCCGCGUACAAAAUGGAUAUGGUGCAAGAUUUGGCUACGCUACCGUUGACAGUAGCACAAACUGUUAAGCUUACAUCCGUUUAUGGUUCAUUGGAUCAGACUUCUAGUGAAAAUUCGAACGGUUUUGACAAAAUUAAGGGUUUGUUUCUGAUUGAAUCAGAUUCCGGAAGUGCUCAACCUACUUCUUUACCCACAGGCGAUAAGUUUCCACGCACCGAUUUGCUGUUGUCAGGUUGGCAGAUGGUGGAAGAGAAUUAUCCGUUACCGAUCAAAGGACUAAUGAACGGUAAAUAUGUGGGUUAUGUUUUAACAAAGGACUCUUACAAGGAUGUCACUCCGUUCAGUCCUAUGUUCGGUAUCGAUUGCGAAAUGUGCUUAACUACGAUCGAUUUAGAACUGACGCGUGUGUCGAUCGUGGACGAAAGCGGUAGUGUGAUAUACGAGGAAUUGGUAAAGCCUGAGGCGCCGAUAAAAAAUUAUCUGACAGAAUAUUCGGGUAUUACUGCUAAGAUGAUGAAGCAUGUCACUAAGAGGCUGAAGGAUGUGCAAGAAGAUCUUCGGCAAAUUUUACCCCCCGAUGCGAUACUAGUGGGGCAGUCGUUGGGUAAUGACAUGCACGCCUUGAAAAUGAUGCAUCCGUAUGUGAUAGAUACUAGCGUUAUUUAUAAUAUAACCGGCGACCGUAAACGGAAGGCCAAACUUCAAGUUUUAGCCGAACAAUUUCUACAAAAGAAAAUACAGACAAAUACCAAAGGGCACUGUUCGGUUGAAGAUAGUUUAGCGAGCUUAAAUUUAACGAAGCACAAGUUGCAACAAAACAUCUUCUAUGGAGACGCGGUCAUGUCAAAAAUCGCUAAGCAAGUGCGUCAGUAUCCGCACCUGGAAAGUUCAAAGUACGUGACGAGCUUCUUGCGUGAAGUAACGAGAAUGGAAAAAACUAGCCUCGUCGUCGGCCUCGAGGAUAUAACGGCGAGGUACUGCCAUUACACGUUUAGGGACAAAAUAGUUACCAAGAAAAUUUGCUGCAUAUCGGAAGUUGGCAAUCAGUCUGUUAUUAAUCGAUUGUGCGAGUCUGGCGCUCACUAUUCUUUUAAUAUCGGUCACAUUCGCUUUAACGAGACUGAAUUAGACAACGACCCAUCGAAGUUAUUCAAAAAGGUGGACGAUUGGAUACAACAGAUCGACAAAAGUAUCUGCACUCCGGCAUUGCGCGUUGUGAUUUUUGGUGGACAAAGAGAUUCGGGAAAUGGUUGCUUCUUUGUGUCGCUAAAGAAAUGUCCUUAAUUAAUAACCAUAUUUAAUCACAAUAAACAAAUUUAUGUGUUCAUUGGUACCUUUUAAUCGACAAGAAAAGUAUUUUUUUGUACUUUUAUAAUAUCGUUUAAAACACAUAUCCUAAUAGAUCUUUUGCUUCUACACUAUGAGUAUCGUAGAUGGCUAAGGAAUCUUUGUGUUAAUAGCUUGGACCAUAUGAUCUAAGGUUAAUAGCAUCAAUUAUAAAUUGAUAUUGUACAGUUUUUAUUCGAUGUUUGUAAAACAUUUUUUCAAUAAACUGCCCUCUACAAAAUCAGUACCUA